AUGGCGGCGCGCUUGCCAGUACAGCAGAGUUAUGGAGGCACCCUUGUGCCUGGUCCACCUGUGGCUAUGGCGCAAGUGGUUGUGCAACCUGGCUCACCCGCUCUCCCGGUGGCACGCACCAUUCAUGUAGCCAAAGAGACGCCUAAUCUGCUGGCACCGACUGUGUCUAUAGUGCUUCCGCAUCCUACCGCCGCUGUCCAGCCGCAACACCUGCCGAUGCUCCUGGGAUCCAAGAGCGUGGACCGUCUCUACCGUCCUGCACCCACAGCACUGGGAGACGGGGUUCGCUCAUGGGCGCCGAUUCCCGCGACAACGCCCUGCACUCCACCGGGUCCACCACAGACACCGCAGAAAGUCUGGACAUCGCAAGGGGUCAAGGCAGCUUGCGCCAUGCCUUUGCAAGUGCCUUCCAGUGUUUCUACAGCAGCCCCCCGCAGCUCCAUGGGUCAACCCGGCUCGCUUCUCGCCACCCCAUCCUCCUCGGAGAAGCCCAGCGACAGCCGGCGCGGACGCGUGGGCUUGGGCUCCCUCCGCGAGCAGCUUGUUCAGGCCAGCGUCGAGCUCGGCCGGAUGCAGGCCACUCUGGCAGACAUGGGAACCAAGCUGCCUGCUGCCUGGACUGGGGCAUGCCCAGGGAAGUCGGGCCAAUGCAAGUCCGGGAGUACCGGGCCGAAGGAGUCCCCUUUGCAAGCAGUGCAGCGCGCUGUGAAGCAACUUCAAGGCAACUUGGAGGAAAGCCUGACCUCGGCGGAGAAGGUGCCGACGUCACCUGACACUCGCAAGCGUACCUUCAGCGCUUCUUCUCGCGAGCCGAGUGUCAGCUCCGUCAUGAAAG